GACCCCGGGGCGGAGAUGGAUGACAUCGAGAAAGAGCUGGAGGAGUUGAUGGAUGAAGAGUUAAGGCUGGAGGCUGAGCGCUUGGCAAAGCGCAAGGAGGCUGAAGAGGCGGCUGACGCCGCUUUGCGCGAGUUGGAGUUGUGUGCAGCCAAGAAGCCGGAGCCAGCGAAGCGCUCGCUGGACGAAGUUAGCACAGAGGUGGGCUCCGCGGCGACGGAGGAGACAGGGCCUUCGAAGAAGAUCCGUGUGGAAGAGGUUUUGGAGCAGCGGUCGGAGGAGCCUGGUGAGGAACAGCUGCUUCAGCAAAAGCUGGAGCUCCAGCGCUUGGAGGAGGAAAGUCAGAACCUCCAGCGUCUUCUCAAGCAGAAGCAAGAGGAGGUGCUGCUGGAGAAGCAGCGGCGGGAACACGAGGAGGUGGCACGGCUCUGCCGAGAAGCGGAGGAACGGAAAGCUCGUGAAGCUGCUGAAAAGAAGGCGCGUGAAGAGGCAGAGCAGAAGGCUCUUGCAAAGGCAGCGGAGGAGGAACGAGUGAAGCAGGAGCAGGAGAAGGCUCGCCGCCGUGCGGAGACGGAGGCGUUGUUGAGUGCCUCGAGGGCCCGGGUGCUUGAGUUGAAGCGCCAGCUUGGAAAGGAGGAGGAGAAGCUCCAGGCGACGGUCCAGGAGCCCACGCCGCUGCUGAGGCGCUCGAGCGCCUUCGACGAGGCCAGCCUGCGUACCCAGACACCGGUUUCCGCACCGGUGCCUGAAGCUACUUCCGUGCCGCCUGCCCAGUCCCAGACUCCGGUUUCCACGCCUGUGCCCGAAGCUACUUCCGUGCCGCCUGCUGUGUCCCAGACACCAGUUUCCACGCCGGCGCCCCAAGCUACUUCCGUGCCGCCUGCUGUGGACCAGUUGCAGGUUUUGGCGGCUUGGGAAGCAAAAGGCACCGUGAGGCAGGACCUUCUCCGACGAUGGUUCGAAGACACCAAUGUGGCCAAUGUCUCGGCCGAGAUCAUCAUGUCGGAGCAGCACAGCCAGAAGGACACCCAGCUGACGGACUGGUUGUCAGCUGAAGGCGUCGUUGCCUUCUACCACAACAAUGUCCAGAAAGCACGAGCUGCAAUCGCAGAGGCGGUAAUGGACAACCGCUACAAACAAGACCCGAACCUGCAGACACGGUCGGACGGCAAACUGUACAAGUUGCUCGUGCAACACCGCUUGGAGGACAGCCACGCGAAGAUCGAGGACAUUCGCUCCAAGAUCGUGCCGAUCAUGGUGGAUAAGCGGCCAGAGGCCAAGGCUCUCUUGGUGAAAGUGUUGGGCUACGAUCCUCAGCUGACCGGGGCGCCACCUGCCCCAUCAACCAACCUGUCUUCCGCUGCCAAAGCUGCCCCGCCAGCUCCUCCUGCAGUUUCCCAAGCUCAGCCAGUUCCGCCAGCUCCUGGCUCCUUGCCAGCGACAGUCCCUGAGACGGCCGUUGGCGAUCCAAAGCCAAAGGGCAAGGCGAAGCCCAAGAGAAAGGCUUCCUCUGGGGAGAACCCCAGAGCGGUGUGGGACUUGAAGAAGGCGCGCUUGUCCUCUUUGGACAGCGCGCCUUUUCCGCUGGUGGACAGAACUGCCACGAAAGAGCUCGUGCAGCAGGUGAUGUUCUCGAAGGCCCCGAAUCAGUUGAUUUGCUUUUUGACGCAGGAUACAGAUGUUGAUGCUCCUUCAGAUGUUUUGCGCCAGGCUGGCAACCUCGCAAAGAUCCAGCUGCAGCUUGCCGGACACGAUGCAUCGACCAAGGCGGUAGAGGACCUCGUGAACGAAAAGGCUACGAUGGAUGCCAGUUGGCAGGCGUCGCAAGACAUGCUUUCUUCAUCCUGUUAUGCUUUCCGAGCAAAGCCUUCAUCAUGUCAUGUGCAGUGUUCAUUAGUUGAGGCCUUGCGGAAGAUCGAUGAUCAGCACUCUGAGGAGACCUGGGUGGCUGCUAUGAAGGACUCCAUUCAAGAUCCAUGGAUAGUAUAUGGAAUUCUGCGACAGAACUCUGUAACAGAAUUCCAUAUCCUAUGCGUGGACCUAGCAUGGCAGGAUGUUGCGCGAGCUUACUUUGCCUACCUGGCCAAGGAGGAGCCAUGCUGCACUGCUUCCUGA